AUGGCCUCAAACAACACUUUCUACAUCGUCGCAGAAAACUCGGAGAUGUAUGCAGAUGCUGUGGAGCUGCACCAGAUCCCUGUGGAGACCGUCCCUGUGGAGGCCGUCCCUGUGGAGGCCGUCCCUUACGAAGACAUCAGCGGCAACUGUGUCCACGAUGGCCACCACCAUACGUCUCUGCUCGUGCUGCAGCCUCUCAUUAUCAGCACCCCAAGCCAAGGGGACUACAACCAGGAAAUGAUCAUGAUACAGAUGCAGAAGGAGGUGGUGGGCUACUACCAGUCUGAAGACCUGCAGGUCAGCAACCUGGAGAACAAUAUGGCCAUCCUGGCCAACGAAAACAACUGCUUCCAGGAGACCCUGGCUCCCUUGUCACCACCCUCCACGUCCCCCUCGGCCUACAGCCACAGCAGGAAGCACAGCGAUAAUAAUAGUUAUGCCGGCGGCAAGGCCAGGGCGGCAAGCAGCUCCGAGGUGGGCAGCACGAAGUGGGAGCAGGAGCAGGUGCACGUCAAAACCCUGGAAGGCAUGUUCGCCGUCACCAUGUGCUCCGCGUGCAAUAAGAGAGGCCACGAGACUAGACAGGCUGGUGAGAAACUAGCUCUUGGUUAUUCAGAGUACAUAACGGGGAAGAAGCUGCCUCCUGGAGGAAUUCCUGGCGUUGACCUCUCAGAUCCCAAACAAGUGGCAGAAUUUACUAGAAAGAAGCCCCAGGAAACCAAAGAAGAGCCCCCGAGAUCAAUAGCUUGCCCUAACAAAGGCUGCAUGAAGAUGUUCAGAGAUAAGUCUGCUUUGAGAAAGCAUCUGCACACCCAUGGUCCCAGAGUCCACGCAUGUGCAGAAUGUGGCAAAGCUUUUGUUGAGAGCUCAAAACUGAAACGUCAUCAACUGGUGCACACGGGAGAGAAGCCCUUUCAGUGCACCUUCGAAGGCUGCGGAAAAAGCUUUUCCCUGGAUUUCAAUUUGCGUACCCAUUUGCGAAUCCAUACCGGAGACAGGCCCUUCAUGUGCCCCUUCGAUUGCUGUAAUAGGACUUUUGCUCAGUCAGCUAACCUGAAAACUCAUAUCUUAACACACGCUAAGAAUAAAGAUAGACAGUAA